ACAGCCAUGUGUAACAUACCACUGACAGUACCACAUGCCAGACACUCAGCGCCGUUAGAUCAGCUCGACUUCGAGAUCGAUGCGAUCGUACAGUACAGCUGUUUUCCGGGCUAUGAGUCCAAGGGAUUCACGGAAGCCAAGUGCCUAUUCUAUAACAAUACCGCUCAAUGGUUUGGACCCGACUUGAAAUGCAUUCCCAAAAGUUGUGGACAUCCCGGGGAUAUAGAGAAUGGCGUUCGUGAUGGUGUGGCCCAUACAUUCACGUCACGGAUCACUUAUGGAUGCAAUGAUGGAUACGAAUUAGUCGGAAGGGCUAAUAGAUAUUGUCAAUCAAACGGCCAGUGGAGUGGUGUCCUGCCCUCGUGUCGG